GGACGGCAAGCACAUACCGUUGCAAGGCUUUCCUUGACUACAUUUUUCUUUUUACCAAAAAAUGGUUUCUACUUGAGCGGAGCCAUGAAUCUCAACCGUCCUCUUCGAAUCCAACAGCUUGAGACCAACCAAAGGCAAGGAACUGUUCAACGCAGUGUUUAAACAAGGCAUGAACCUUUGGAGAUCAUGUGAGAAUAGGUCUAGAAAAGUCCCCACCGUCAUCAAGGAAGUGGCAGAAAAAUAUCACCCAAAAACAAUAAAAGCACAACAGGCAGUCUAAACUCUAAACUCCAGUAUAACAUAAGACAAGUAAAUCAGUAAAGGGAAAAACAACGAAGCAUAACCGCUGAUACCUCGGCCCAUCUCCAAGAUCGCAGCAACCAAGGAGCAUGCCCUUGGCUUCACUUCUAAGCAAGGCUAGCAGUUUUCUGGAGUCAGAGCUGCGGUCUAGCUGUGCCCAGAGGAUUUCCAGUGCUCAAUCUCCUAGUACAAUGACUAUAAAAUGGCAUCGAGAUUGCUUUCAUUCCACAGCUCAUUAAGAGCGGGGAACCUGGGGCACCCUUAAAUCCUCUGAUUCCUGGGAGAAGAACGAAAGCUUACCACAAAGGAAGUAAACAAAGUACGCACAGCUACCUAUGCGAUGCACCGGUCAGUCCUCACCAGCCAACACCACACCCCUCCUUCAUAUGAGAGGGUUUGUGACUUCCUAGUUCAUACAGUGAUGCAACCGUAGACCUACCAAUGGCCAAGGAAAGCACUCCUCCUCCAAACCUCCAUGGCAUAAACCCCAUCAGAAACUCAAGCAAAAGAUUUCCUGGUGGAAGAAAACUUGCGCUGAUACUAAGCGCAGUCGUAUUCGUUCUUGUUUCCUCGGCAUAUUAUCCUGGGCAGGUUUUCUAUGGCUCUACAGAGCUGACUCAUAAUUCUCAUCAGACGGCCAUCGCCGGUCACAAAGACAAUGAAAUAGACUGCGAUCUGUUCAAUGGCACAUGGGUCAGGGAUUUGGGAGGCCCAAUCUACACUAACAUGACAUGCCCGACGAUACCAGAUUCAAAGAACUGUGCAAAGUAUGGAAAGCAAAUGGAUUAUGUAAACUGGAGGUGGAAGCCACAGGGCUGUGAUAUGGCAAGGUUUCAACCUCAGCUAUUCUUAAAUAUUGUCCAAGGGAAGACAUUGGCUUUUGCUGGGGAUUCAAUUGGACGGAACCAGAUGGAGUCACUCCUCUGUUUAUUGUCUCAGGUGAGUAAGCAGUGUUUAGUUCCGAGACAUGCUAUGAAAAAUAACAAUGCCCAUAUCACUUAUCACCACUGAUCCUGACAUUAACAUGCCUAUUGUUUAGUUUCACUUUUAAAGUUCUGAACACAUAU